AGCCCCAGCACAGAACUCUGUUAGCAGGCGAGAGUCAGGACGUUGGAGAGACACAAGCAAAGCGGGAAAAGUUUGGAGAGCGCAAGACCUUCCUGGACUCCUGGAGGAGUUGCAAGGAAAAGGGAGGCAACCUGGCCACCGUCAAACUCCGUGAGGAGGCGGACACCAUCGCAGCUCUCUUCUCCGGCUUGGAGCUACGGGGCUCCAGGACAAAGGUCCAGGUGUGGAUUGGUCUCCAGAGACAGCCUCGGCAGUGUACAGCCUCUCGCCCACUUCGUGGCUUCUCCUGGACCACCGGUGACCAGGAUACCCAGUACACCAACUGGCUCACGGAGGACUCGCCCAGCACUUGUUCGGCACCGCGGUGUGUGGUCAUGAAUUAUGGCACGGCCGCGCAUGAGCAGCACAACAAUUUUAAAUGGCUGGACGGCUCUUGCUCAGUGCCGGUGGAUGGCUAUUUGUGCCGCUACACCUUCAAGGGCAUGUGCCCAGCCGUUGAAAACGAAGGUGCCGGCAACGCCCUUUACAGUACCCCGUUCGGCCUUCUCAGCACACUCCUGACGCACGUGCCCUUUGGGUCCAUGGCCGCCAUACCCUGCCCAGGGGGCACCAAGGACGAGCAGUCAGUUCUGUGCAUGCUGAAGGAUGAUGGAACCGUGGGCUGGUCCCGGGACGCGCCCCUCUGCUCCGACGCCCCCGGGACGAGUUGGUGCAAUCGGGGGAACGGAGGAUGUGAGCAUUUCUGCCAGAAGGUCGGGGAGCAAUCCUACUGCGAGUGCUCUGAAGGCUUCCAGCUCGACGACGACGGACAGACGUGCACGGCGGCCGACGUCUGCCGCGGGGCCCCGUGCGAGUUCGAAUGCCUGCCCCUUUCAGACGGCUAUCGCUGUGCCUGCCCUGAAGGCUACAUGCUGGCCCCGGACAUGCGCGGCUGCCUGGACGUCGACGAGUGCCUCCAGAGCCCUUGCGAGCAGCUGUGCGUCAAUGCGCCGGGAACCUUUGAGUGCCGCUGCCGCCAGGGUUAUCGGACGGACGAGGAGGGCGAGUGCGAGGAUGUGGACGAGUGCAUGGAGGACCCCUGCGAGCACGCCUGCGAGAACACGCCCGGCUCCCACGUCUGCCACUGUCACCUGGGAUACUCCCUGGUGCCCGAGGAUCCCUCUCGUUGCCAGGACACGGACGAGUGUCAGAUCCCUGGGACGUGUCAGCAGAUGUGUGUGAACUACGAGGGCGGCUUUGAUUGUUACUGCGAGGUGGGCUUCAAGCUGCUCUCUGACCACUUCUCCUGCAGGGAAAUUGGGGAAGGCGAGGAGGACUCGCACACAGCGGCCACAACCUCUUACCCCUGGGUGACCCAGCACCCAGGCCCCAUCUGGGAAUCCCAGGAUCCCAUGUACCACUGGACCCCCGAGCAGACUAACAUUGAUUGGACCACAGAGGAGGAAGAGUCACUGGACUGGCUCACAGAGGACCCCAGGCUGGCGAGGGACAUUUGGGGCACCAGCAAACCUCAGGAGGAUCCAGCCCUCAGCCACAACAGAUUCUUGAAUCCCCCAACAGAAGAGCCAGAGGAGGAAGAGUCAAAAGAGAUAGAGUCAACAGCGGGUUGGGAAACCAUUCAUUGGAAUGCCCCAGCUAAGGUCAAGCCAGAGUUCAAACCCACCCCCUCUCUCAGUAGCCCCGCCCCCCACACAUCCCCUGUCUCAGCUCCCACGCCUAACUGGUAUUACGUGGAGGAGGCGGAAGAGGAAUAUGAAGCCACUACCAGUCCCUCAGUCCUCCCCACCUCCACCAUCUCAGAAGGGGCGACGAUUUGGAUGGGGUCUAGUCCCACCCCCACCAGCCAGGACCAAGGACUAGCAACAAAGCAAGGCAUCUCUGCAGCCAGCUUUGAUGUUGCAGCUAAUGAGAAUGACAGUGCAUCAGUGACAGCCCCACAAGUGCUGGACCGAAACCGGGCUGAGAACCAGAACCAUCACACCCCCUCCCUACCUCCUCCCGCGGCUUCCCAAACCACUGUUUCCCAUGAGCGGGGUGUGGUCGAUGAGGAGGUGAAGAAGGAGCGGGAGCCACCUGAGGAGAACGGGAGCGGCCAAAAGCAGGGCAACAGCAACUGGCUGCUCGUGGGCCUCCUUGUGCCCAUAUGCAUCAUCGUCGUGGUGAUGGUGGCUUUGGGCAUUGUUUACUGUACCCGCUGCGCCGCCAUGCAGCGCAAUAAGACCGCCACUGACUGCUACCACUGGAUAUCCGGGGCGCAUGACAAGCAAGGGGCGCCCAAUCCCAACAAGGGGAUGCAGUCACAUGUUUAGGCGGAUGAAUCCGGAAAUACCUAAAUGGAUUGUUUUCUAAAUUAGAGGAGAGGAUGUGGCGAAGGACUUGUCAGCGGAGGGUUGUUGUACUGGUACUGCCCCCCCCCCUUCUUCCUGUUGGGAAUCUGUUGUCGUGCUAUGAACCUUUGAACACUUGAAUGUUUUCUGCGGAAUAUCUGUUGAAAGAGAAGAAACAGGAGGCAAUAGAAAAAAAACACACAAAAAAAAAAACACUGAUUCUUUUCUUGGGUUGCUUCGUUGCUUACACUGAUCCCACAGCAUGAUACAUGUUUGCUAUAUGAUUGCACUAUAGGGUCAUAAUAGAAACCAUUAGUUGUAUAUAUGGAGGCUUCAUAUAACUUAAUUUGAGCCAUUUGCAUCAGGAAAAUAAUCCCGAAGCAAUCGGAAAUACAAAUUAUUAUGAGGAUUUAUGAGAAAAACACAUUUGUAGAGGUUGAUACAUUUCCACUUAAGGGAAAUCAAAUGUGACAUUUUCUUAAGCUGAAACUUUACAAUCCUUUUAAAACCAUGAAUAGACCUGCACUACAACUUCGCUUUUGCAACAACAUGAUGAUCAAAUUAAUAUACGGCAUCUGUACAGUUAAUAUAUCCCCAGGGCCGUCUGCAAACUAAACCCAAAGAAUAGUACUGUAACUUAUAGCCUUUUUCUAGUCUGGGGGAACUCUGUGUGUCUGCGCCUUUUAACCAACGCUCAGGUUUUAAUGCCAAAUUGAGCUCAUUUCCCAAAAUGAGGCAUUGCAAAUGACUGUUUCUGUGGCAUGACAUGCAGCUGUUGUUUUACCUCAGAAGAUGGUGAAUGAAGGCUUUUGUGUUUUAGGCCCCAAAAAGGACUGAAAGCAUUUCAGCAGUUAAACGAAAUUAUACAAGCAUGACUGUCAGGAUGCUAUUAUUAUGUUGUAAAAAAAAAUUCAAACUUUUUCUUAGGUAUCCAAACAGAUGAAUUCACACCACAGAUCAAAUAAUGGCAUACGCGUGUAUAUAUGUUUGUGUAACUAUUUUUAUAUUUAAAAGUAUAAAUUGUAGCAAUGAAGCUUUUAGAAAAAUGUUAGGGUUCGGAUUCCUCGCUCAAUGAAGCGCCUUUUGUUUAAUGCACACCGCACAAGACUCUGUAAUUCAAUGGAAUGUCUGUCUGAUGGGUAUGAUUCCUUCCAUUCAACUCCAGUUAGCUCCCCUGGUCCUGUCACCCACACAUGUGGCCUAUGGGUUAGAGUGCAAAGAUCUGUUUCUAUUACGGACAAAAAGGGCUGCAAGUGUGUGUGUGUGUGUGUGUGUGGGGGGGGGGGGGGGGGGGGGGUGACUAGCGUUUGACCUUGUUUGUGAACAAGUGAACUUUUCAUUGCUCCCUUGGACUGCCUGAUAACACUCACCAACACACAAUGCUUCCCGUUCUCACAGGCUCGCUCUUAACAUUCUAUGGGCUUCAAUAACGACAACGACUUCAGCUGCGGCGCCCUUUCAGGUAACGGCUUGCACAUCCAAAAAAAAAAGGGCAGGCAAAUCAAUUGUGUACCUUCUGACCUGAGGGACUGUGGAAUGACGGUUGCGUUUUUUUACUUGUUACGUUUUAUGUAAUUGUUAAUUAAAAUGUCAUGAUAAGGGCUUGCACUGAU